AUGUCUUUAUCAGACCCACUACUAGAUCCAGAUCUAAAAGAAACUCCAUUUGAAAGCCCACUAUUCUCAUUUGGAGGCAUUAAAUCUACCUUAAGCAUUUCUUCCAGCGUGCUCUCUAUAAAUGAAGCAGCUGAAUGCCUCAUCUGCAUUGACGAUAUGAUAUAUAUCGGCCGCGCUGAUGGAAAAAUUCGAGCAGUAAACCAAGAACUUACAAAUUCCUCCUUAUUAUCAGGCCACACAGACGCAAUUACAAUUCUAAAAUCUACCUAUGACAGAAAAAAUAUCAUUUCUGCUUCAAAAGAUUCAACAUUACGAAUAUGAAAUUUAGAAGGCACAAGAAAAGAAGCCGUUUUACAAGGCCAUACCCGUAGGGUUACAUGUUUUGACGUGACAAACGAUAAUUUUGUCGUCAUAUCAGGGUCUUUGGAUAAGACUAUAAGAAUUUGGGAUUUCGAAAAAUGCAAUGAAAAAGCUGUGCUUGAAGGCCAUAGUAAAGGAAUUUCAUCAUUAAAAAUUUCGAAUAAUUGCUGUUUAUUAGCUUCUGGGUCAGUAGAUGGAGAAAUUAGGAUAUGAAAUUUGAAAGAGAGAGCUCUAGAAGCGGUUUUAGAAGGGCAUUCGGCAAGUGUGAGGCAUAUGAUAUUUACUCAAGACAACAAUUUUAUGAUUUCUGCUUCAAAGGAUGGAACAGUUAGAGUCUGGAAUAUCAAAAUGAGGAUCCAAGAGGACUGCUUGAAAGGCCAUAAAGGAGAAAUUACGAGUAUGAGUAUGACGAAUAAUGAAAAAUUUAUAAUCACUGCUGCAACUGAUCAGCUAGUUAUAAUUUGGAGCUUUUUAGAAAGAAAAAGGCUUUUUAUAUGCUUUUUAAAGCCAAUUUAUUUCUUGAAAAAAUUUGCUUUGACUUUAGACUUAUUUAUGGUGAAAAGAUAUAUUUAAAAGGGCAUACUGCUGAAGUAAACUGCCUUCAAAUUAUAAAUGACGAUAAUUUUGUGCUAUCAGGAUCAAGUGACUCAACUAUCAGAUUUUGAAAUAUUUCUAACGGAAUCCAAGAAGCUGUCAUUGAAAAUCAAGAAGAUAUCCAAUCCCUUCACCUCUCCGACAAUGGAAAUUAUAUAAUCACAAAAUCCAGCAGCGGCUCUCUAUUUUUCCAUCACAUCGGCAAAAGUUUAUCAAGUAUAGCACAAGCCCUGCUAUAGAUAAACAGUAGCUCCCUUUCCCUACCCUGGCGUUUUCAGUUUAGAUGAAACUGCUAAAAUCAAUUUGGCAUACAAAAUCCAUAAUUUCUUUUUAUUUAACGAAACAUCUGGAGUGGGGAUGAGGGCUAUAGCUGCUCUCAAAGCAUAUACUAUCAGGCCACACAGACUCUAUCUACAGUAUGGCCCUCACAAAUGACAACAAAUUUAUAAUUUCAGGAUCCCAAGAUAACUCAAUAAAAAUCUGAAGCAUCGAGAAGCCAAAAGAAAUCUGCACUUUAUUAGGCCACACUGAUUAUAUUUCAUGUUUAAAAGUUACAAGUGACGAUAAAUAUGUAAUUUCUGGGUCUUUUGAUAACAAUAUUAUCAUUUGGGACUUAGAAACUAAAAAGCAAGUAGCGGUCUUAAAAGGACAUAGAGAAAGCGUUAAAUGCCUGGAAAUUUCUAAUGAUAAUAAAUUGAUUAUUUCUGGAUCCAAUGAUUUUUCUAUAAGAACUUGGGAUUUAGAAAGUGCGUCAAAAGAGGAUAAUUUGGUAGGGCACGAUGGGGCGAUAGAAUGCUUAAAAAUUACAAAGGAAAAUCGCUUUAUUGUUUCUGGGUCGAAAGAUAACAGUAUAAAGAUAUGGGAUUUAUUUGAAAAAGUGUUAUAUGGGACAUUGCUGGGACAUAAAGGAUUAGAUAGGCUAAUUAAGGUUAAGGCUUUCUUCAUUAUCAUUUUACUCAAGCAGCCUUCGAAUAAAGCUUCUACAGCAUGUCAGCAUCUCCAUCAGAAAUAACACUUAUUGAAUACUGUCUCAGAACCUUGAAAUACAGAAUAGGGACUUGAAAUCUGCUGCCUCGAUAACUAGAGUACAACUAGGGAUAAACUCUCUAACUAGUAUUAGCGCCACCUAUCCUUCGGAACUUCAUGGCAAAAACAUAUUUCCCAAAUGCCCAUGGAAAGACAUUGUCAAACGGUGGCAAAGCACUAUAACCAGUAUCUGUAGACUCCGUUUUUCUGCUCCAGGUCUCAGUAAGGUCUCCAAAAUCUGGGUAGUUCAGAGUUCGGUGAUCAGCAUUUCGGCUACAUGUCAAAUGACCGUGCAUUUUUGAUAGUACCACAUUCCCUAGAAGCAAUUUUGAUAGUGAGACAUUUUUUAAAAAAAAAAACUGUUAAAUUUCGACCAAGUGUUGCACUAUUUAAAAAUUUUGAUCAAAUUUUCUUUAAUGAAAUGCACACUAUUAAAAAUUGCACGCUCAUUAGACUGGACCCUAUCAUUUUAUUUGUGUGUUAAGCCAUAAAGGAGCUGUGAAGUGUCUAGUGCUGUCCAGAGAUGAUAAGCUUAUAGUAUCAGGAUCACAUGAUGCAACUGUCAGGGUGUGGGAUUUAUAUUCUGCUACUCAGAUCCAUCUUUUAUUAGGUCACAAGCAAAUGGUUUUUUGUUUACAGAUUUCUGAAGAUAAUAAUUUUGCUGUUUCUGGGUCAGAAGAUGAUAAUGUUAUUGUGUGGGACUUGAAUAAUGGAAAAGCUGCAGCGAUACUCGAAGGCCACACUGAAGAUGUUGUGUGUGUAAAAUUCAUAAAAAAUGAUAAAUAUGUUGUUUCAGGCUCAUAUGAUAAAACAAUAAGGAUUUGGAAUAUUGAAGAAAGGAGGCAAGAAGCAGUCUUUAAAGGACAUGAAGGAUAUGUAAGCACAUUAGAAGUUACAGAUGACAGCCAGUAUAUAAUAUCAGGCUCCAUAGACACGACCCUAAGAAUAUGAAGUACAGAAACUUUCUUUGCAGACGACAAGCUUGUCCUUUCUGGCACUGAAUCUCCAGUUUUCAGCAUAAUGUAUAGUGAAAGAGUGUCCAAUGACUCUCUUCCAAGCUCCUAUAUGGCUUCAAUAACUAUCUUCCCUAUGCGAGUCAACAUCCUCCAUAUCUACUGUUUUUUCAAUAUCCCGUCACAUCUCUCUAAAGCUUUAGAAUUUCACCCUCCCUUUUUCAGGGAUAUAUUCGGAAAAAGCCCUUUAUCUUAUGCUUUGGAAAAUAAAUCCCACGAAUGCAUUGAUCUCUUAUUGAUAUAUAUCGUAAAUUUGACUGAUAAAAAUAUUUUUUCUCAAUGUAUCCAUGCAUUAAGAGAUGAUAUGAUUGAUCUUUUGGCAUGUCAGAGCGAAUUUAUUAUUCCUUUAUUUAAAGCAAUUUUUAUUAAAAUUGAAGGGAAAAACUUGGUUUAUCAAGCAAAACCAAAAGGAGAGCUUCCUAUGAUUUUUUUACUCUUUUUUUCGAAGAAUGCCCACAAAGGAGCUUUUUUUGGCCAGCCAAAUAUAUGUCUUACCUACUAAUUUUCAAAGCCAAAUGGCUUUCUUUAUAACCGAAAAAUGCUCUUUAGAGGGCUAUUUAUGGUAAAUUAGUACAUCACCUUAUGCACAUGUGAAUAUUAAUGAUUUUGUUGUGGAAUCUUCAAAAGAGACUUUUAAAGAUGAAGUUGCAUUGCAGUUUUGGACGAGCUAUUUUAAGUGAAAUUUUACUAGUGGUUCUCGCGAUAGCUUAAUGAUCUUACAGGCGAUUUCUCAAUGCAAAAAUCAAGCAAUUUAUAAUGCAGGAUUUCUUAAAGAGAUAUUAAAAAUGAAAUGAAGCAGUGUUCGCUUGUUCUUGGUUCUUCUUUCUAUUCUUUACUGUGCAAAUAUUACAACGCUAAUUGUAAUGAUGUAUUUUGAGCAUGUUUCUGUAAGCUAUUGCUUCUUAGGGACAAAUUUUUUCCUUUUCUUAUAUGAGCUAAUAGGAAUUUUCACAUAUUUUUGCCAAUAUUUUAAAAAUCCUUACAAUGUUUUUAACCUUUUGAGGAUUUUGCUUAAUUUUGGCUGGAGCAUAUUAGGGAUAUUUAAUUUAGAUGAAAAUCCUGCUCUUUAUGCAGUUUUUGCGAUAAAUGUUAUUUUUGGCUUGAAAUAUUUAAGAAGUUUUGACUCAGUAAAAGAUUUAAAAGAAACAAGUGAUUGCAUUGAGGUAAUUAAGCUUAUUAUUGAGGUAGAAGAACAUAUAUUUUGAAGAAGAAACCGUGGAGAGCGCUUGUAUUUACAGAAAUGCGAUUAUUUUGAAAAAGAAAGACGCAGGGAUAAGCUAGAAAAUAGCUCAAAAGCAAAAAGAAAAAUAUUAGGGCUGAGGCAUGAUAUUAUAGAAGUCUCAAAAAGGAAAGAAAACUAUAAAGAAGAUGUAGAAAAAAUUGGCACAUAUAUUAUAAAAGAAAUUGAGCUGAAAAUCAAGUCAGAAAUUCAAAAACUUGAAGAAAAUGUGGGAAAUAAAAUUCAAGUCUUAGAUUCAAGACUAUUAAACCUUGAAAACAUUAUAGAAAAUAGAGAAAAUAUAAUUCAAAAUCAUGAAGAAAAGGUUCAUAGCAUGUUUUCUUCUAUAUUAGAGAGUAUUAAAUAA